UUGCCUGUUGGCUGAGCAGUCCAUAAGCAGAAGUACAGAAAAAGUUUCACUUCUGUUUUCCGCCUGUUUAGGUGAAACAAGAGCUGCUACUGCAUGUGAGAAGAAAGGCCACUGAAUGAGCAGCAGGGUUUUUACACACUUUUACCUCCGUCAGUAUGGUUGAAUGAUGAGGAAGGAGAGUAAAUCCUUAAGGUGAAGUAUGGCACUGAGUAGCUGUCAAGCUCCUAUAAUUGUGGAAGACUCCAGCUUGGAGGGCUGGACGGUGAUUGGAUCCGGGGGUUUUGGACAAAUCUACAAAGCCAGGCAUCGUCAGUGGGGCUGCGAUGUGGCCAUUAAACUGCUUCAUUAUGAUGACGGGAGCAGUGAGUCUUUGCUGCGUGAGAUCGACAUGAUGCGUCAAGGAAGCAGCCCGUAUGCUAUUCAGGUCCGAGGGGUCUUCAGGGGUCGAGUGCCCAACUCUGUCUUGUCAACACAGCUCGGUCUGGUCAUGGAGUUAAUGGAAAGAGGAUCACUGGCCUCCCUACAGGAAACCUUAUGUGGAGCUCAGCCGUUGCCAUUGGUCUUCAGACUGGCACACCAAGUGGCUCUGGGCUUAAACUUCCUCCACAGUCUGUCCCCUCCCAUCCUCCACCUGGACCUGAAGCCCAGCAACGUGCUGCUGGAUUUCUAUCUCAACGCCAAGCUUACAGAUUUUGGCCUUGCCCGGUAUUACCACAGUGUCACGCGGGUUUCCAAGAAGAACAGUGGAGAGGAAGGGGGGACGAUCAGCUACAUGCCACCGGAGGCGUUCCAUGUCUCGUACAAGCCAACCCUAGCAUCUGACAUCUACAGUUAUGGUAUACUCUUAUGGUCCAUUGUCACAGGGAGACAACCAUAUGCAUAUGCACAGUCCAGCUUAGUGCGGCUUCGCAUCCCCGAGGGAGACCGUCCAUUGCUGGACGAGAUCAGGGUCCAGGCUUUGGGGCGUGCAGGGUUGACAGAACUGAUGAAGCUCAUGGAGAGAUGCUGGGACAAAAAACCCGAUCAAAGGCCCUCCUCCCUUGAGUGUACAACGCAGACAGAAGAACUGUAUAAAUUACACAAACAUGCAAUUAAUGACGCUGUCCAUCAAGUGCUGAAGAAACUGGACCAACGGAAAGAAGAAACAGUGAUUGAGCAGAUUGGGCGGGUUCAUAUCACUCAGCCUUUAGCGGGUGAGCGUUUUGAAGCGGUGAACGUUUAUGAUAACGCACCCACAGGUGGCCCACCAAUUCAGGAAAUGGCUGGCGGUUGCACCGCAACUCAAACAGACAAUGCACGAGUUAAAGAUCUGCCUUCAGUUAGACCUGCAAAUGUGUGUUAUGCUGACGCGCCCUGCCCAUCGACAGAAUAUCAUUUGAAAAAGUCCUCUGUUUGCCCCAUUGGAUCGUCAAUGCCAUCUCCUUCGACUGGGAGGUCAACUCAAAGCAGAACAGCAAAACCUCCCCAGCCGGCUUUUAGACCAAAUCUGUCUUCACAGUACCACCGUCAGUUUUCCAGCCCCGACACUUUCCUCUGCCAUCCUGCCCCUGGAUUCCAAAUUCAACUUUGCAAUGUAACCGGAUUACAGCAUGGCAACAACAACACCAUGAACAUCGAAUUUAUAGACCCCUCAGACAGGAAACGGCACCCGACAGCACCAUCUAGGGUCGACCUCCCACCGCCACAUCCAGGAAGCUGGAAGGACAAGACAGGAGGGGUUUAGCUGAGUUCACAUGGAAGCAUUACUGCGUUUAAAAUGACUGCGUUACUGCAUGUGAAUUUGCUUUUCAAAUCUGGAUAGGGUUAAGAUGGGGUUUUAGUAGAUUGAAUUUUUUCAAAAGGGUUUUGGUAAAAAGGGUUAAGAGUUUUUUUUAAACGUAUUUAUUUUGCUUCUCUUGUUAGAAUGUGUUGAACCAAUGAGCAAAAACCUCACACCUCUCUUGUGCUGUGUCAGCAGUAUAAAUGUGGGCCAAGUCAUAUGGUCAUAUGUCGUAUGGGUUUGAUUUUCCAACAAAUAUCCACAGCAACAACAAAUUGCCAUAAAGUCUUUAUUGUUUUAAUUUUAACAUAAAACAUUGAUCAUCUGUAUAAAAAGAUAUUUUGGCAAAUAUAGCUUUUGUACCUAAAGCAUUAGUUUUGACUUUUAUAUUUAUAUUUUAUAUGCAUUCUUUUGUGGGUAUAUAUAUAUAUAUUUUUUACAAUUUGUAAAAAUGUUUAACCCAAACAACUUCAUUAACCAUUUCCUAUGUGUUUUUUUAAAUGACUGGAAAAAAAUAGCAAACAUGAAGUUGAAUUUUAACAGAAAUUUGUAAUGCCACCCAGAAUUUUGCAGUUGUUGUAUCAGUGCUUCCAGUAAAAAAUUGGUAUCUU